CCUCGUAGUAGUCGCGUCCAGGCAAUAGCUCCACACACACUCCGCUCUCCGGGUCCCAAGUGCAGUCCGAGUGCCUCGACAUGUCCGGAAACAAGAAGCAGAAAACGGAUAUCCAGAGGUCCACUAAUGUUGUGUAUCAGUCCCACAGCGUCAGCCGCAGUAAGAGAGGGCAGGUGGUGGGAACUAGAGAAGGAUUUAGAGGAUGUACCGUAUGGCUAACAGGUCUGUCCGGAGCUGGUAAGACCACAGUGGGCUUUGCGCUAGAGGAGUAUCUGGUCUCUCAUGGAAUCCCCUGCUACUCUCUGGAUGGAGAUAAUAUCCGGCACGGUCUGAAUAAAGACCUGGGCUUCAGCUCAGCCGAACGUGAGGAGAACAUCCGCCGCAUCGCUGAGGUGGCCAGACUGUUCGCAGACGCUGGACUCAUCUGCAUCACCAGCUUCAUCUCCCCUUUCACCAAGGACCGUGCAGAGGCUCGCAAGGUCCAUGAGGGUGCCGGACUUCCUUUUUUUGAGGUGUUUCUGAACGCACCUCUGGAGGUGUGUGAGAAGAGGGAUGUGAAAGGGCUCUACAGGAAAGCACGAGCAGGAGAAAUUAAAGGCUUCACUGGGAUUGACUCCAAAUACGAGAGUCCGGAGGCUCCGGAGCUGGAGCUCAGAACUGGAGAUCUCACAGUGAACGAGUGUAUUCUUCUGGUGGUGAACCUUCUCAAAGAAAAGGGUAUCAUUCCUCCCGGACUGACCGAAGAGGUCACUGAACUGUUUGUGCCACAAAACAAAGUGAAUUUGGUCCAGUUUGACGCCAAGACUCUGCCCACCAUCGCCAUCACCAAGUUGGAUCUACAGUGGGUGCAGGUGUUGGCCGAGGGUUGGGCGAGCCCCCUAAAGGGCUUCAUGAGAGAGAGAGAGUACCUGCAAGCCCUGCAUUUCUGCAACCUGCUGGACAGUGGCACUAUCAACUUUUCUAUACCCAUCGUCCUGCCUGUCACCAUGGAGACGAAAGAGAGUUUGACUGGCAGUGCAGCGGUGGCGCUGGAGUACCAGGGGAGGAGGGUCGCUGUCCUGCGGAACCCGGAGUUCUUCCAGCAUCGUAAAGAAGAACGCUGUGCACGCCAGUGGGGAACCACCUGCACCAAACACCCCUACAUAAAGAUGGUGAUGGAGAGCGGUGAUUGGCUGGUGGGUGGGGACCUGGAGGUGCUGGAGCGAAUCAAGUGGAACGAUGGCCUGGAUCAGUACCGCCUCACACCGCAGGAGCUGAGAAAGAAAUUCAAAGAAAUGAAAGCAGAUGCCGUGUUUGCAUUUCAGCUGAGGAACCCGGUGCACAACGGCCACGCCCUGCUGAUGACGGACACGCGGCGGAAGCUGGAGGAACGUGGGUAUCGUAGGCCGGUGCUGCUGCUCCACCCUUUGGGAGGCUGGACAAAAGAUGAUGACGUUCCGUUGGACUGGCGGAUGAAACAGCACGCUGCCGUUCUGGAAGACGGCGUCCUGGACCCUAAUUCAACCAUUGUGGCUAUCUUCCCCUCACCCAUGAUGUAUGCUGGACCUACCGAGGUGCAGUGGCACUGCAGGGCUAGAAUGAUGGCCGGGGUUCAUUUCUACAUCGUGGGACGAGACCCUGCCGGCAUGCUCCACCCAGAGUCAGGGCAGGACCUGUACGAUCCAACUCAUGGAGCUAAAGUGCUGUCCAUGGCUCCAGGACUGACCUCCGUGGAGAUCAUCCCUUUCAGGGUCGCCGCGUACAACAAGAGCAAGAAAGCUAUGGACUUCUAUGACAAGGAGAGACAUGCUGAGUUUGAGUUCAUCUCAGGGACAAAGAUGCGGAGUUUGGCUCGCAGUGGACAGAACCCUCCAGGCGGCUUCAUGGCCCCCAAAGCCUGGAAGGUCCUAACCGAGUACUACACCUCUAUACAGAAAGAGCAGUAACAGCACAGCGACGAGCAGAUGAACAGGAUUCUACUGCUUUUUAAUGAGACCACCAUUCGGAACCAGUCACAGACAGUGGAGCCUCGUAAUACCUCAGAGUUUUAGGAUAUGAAUUGUUUUAUUGUAUGAACUAGUUGUUAGAAACGAAAGCCAGGGAAUGCCUCAGUCGGUCGAUACCUGGUUAAUCGUUAACAUUGAAGAUCUGCAUUAUUUAACGAAAAAGGGAUGAAAUGAGAAUGUGAGUGACACUAAUCCUGUAUUUUAAAUCAAGUCUAGCCCAAAGUGCCUUAAUAUGAAGGACCAAAUGCUCACACAUGGGGUCAGCCUCAGUAGUCAUUGGGUGCUAUGCAUUUUAUUGUUUGUUAAAAUAUUUUGACUACAUCCAUGAUUAAGUAUAUAUUUACAUUCAAAAUGUGACUGAGUGCAGCUUUUUACAUUGUAUAUUUGUAUAAAUUAUACUAAGCGCCUGACUGUGGUGGUGUGGAAACACCUUUGAGAUGUGCCUUGUUUUGAAUAGUAAUUCAGGCCUGCACGAAAUACCAUUUGUUGAAUGAUACUGCGAUAUUGACUUUUGCCUUAUUGAUAUAAUAGAACAAGUACACUGUAGUGAAUAUCGCCUCAGCCUUCUACGUUGUAGGCUCGGGUUCAAUCCCCACCUGGGUGAACACCCAACACUACAUCAGUAAGAGUCCUUAGGCAAGACUCCCAACACCACCUUCGCCCACCUGUGUAAAAUGAUCGAAUUGAAAGUAGCUCUGGGUAAGAGCGUAUGGUAAAUGCUGUAAAUUAUAUUACAGAAGGCUGGACUAUGCAAAUGAGCCUCUAACACCAGGGGUCUUAAACUAGCGGCCCACAAAACAGGCUUCAUACAGCUAGAGUGGGGUGAUAUGGCCGAAAACGUUAUCACGGUAAACAAAAUUCAUAUCGUUCGAUAUCGAUGCAUAUCGCAAUGAAUGUCAUUGUUUCCUUCAAGUUUAAAGGCUGAUUUUUGCUCCUGGGUGGUUAAUCGCUGUUUUAAUCUAUCCUUUAUGGUCGGAACACGGAACAUUACACAGACCUGUCAUGGGACAGUGGGAGAAAGUGUCUGGUGAGCUGAUUUUACCAGCUGGAAAAUUUAUAUAUCAUAAUUUAAGAAAGAAAACAGUCUUGUUUGAUCUACAGUGUCACCAGUUCACCGUGCUGUGCGAGUGAUGGAGCAUUUCAAGUUAUCCAGCUGCUAAAAACAGCCAGCAUGAAAAGAUACCGUUCUCCCGCUCUCUAAUGCCUCACAGCUUCCUCAGCUUACUUUUGUUUAAAUCAGGGAUGUAAUGAACGUGAACCCACUUCUUUCUUUCGCUUUUAUUGCUCGGGAAUGCACUAACACUAAAAUCUGACCGAGCCCUGUAGCCGUGCUGUAGUUGAGAGGAGCAGACGUGAUUUAAUGCUGCUAAAGCUGUUGGGAUGUACGGAAAGAGGGGAGUUCCCUGUAGGUCAGUACAGUUAAUGCCACUGAUCUCGUCUCUCACACUCGGUCACAGGAGAGCAGAUCGCCGGUCACUCCACUCAAACAGGGAAUAUAUUUAAUAUAUUUAUAUAUAAACUCCACGUUUCAGAUGUUGCUAAACUAAAUGUGGUGACCCCUGUUUACUCAUUGCCUCGUCCCUCUAUAUCAUGUCAAAAAACUUUCCUUGCAGUAGGAAAUGCCGCUAGGGCUGUCACUAGGAUGUGGAAGUGUGAGAAUGGUGUAUUAUAUCGUAAAUUUACCAACCCUUUCUCAUCUCUCUAUCGAGGAAAAGUUAUAUUGCGAUAAUUAUUAUCAUUUUAUCGCCCAGCCCCACAUGUAGCAUAUCAAAUAUUUACAAUUUUUCCUUAAAUCUGGCAAAUCAUUUGUUUUGUUUUUCUGAUGGGUAGAUCUGCGUCUCCACCAGACGCUGUGGCCAGUUCCCCCUACAUAAGCUACAGUCUUUCACAAGUGUUGGUACCCCUGGUAAAAGGGGUAAAAGGAUGUAAAAAAAAAAAAAAACACUAUUUGUUGCUUAUGUUUAUUAACUUUCAUUCAAAAUAUUAACAAAAAAU